GGUGACCAUCAGGUUAAGCCAUACCAAACAAAAAAUGUCUGAGCAUAAGAGAUGGAGUUAGUGUAAGUGAUGAUGUCAGUUUUAAUGAGGUUUCCAUGUGUCAUCUUAAGUUUUGAGUCCCUACCCUUGGAACGACUUUGUAGGCCGUUUGUGAAUCCCUGACUCUCGGUGAGGGUUAGAGUCUGGACGCGCAAAUUAUUUGUUUGAUCCGCAAUUACUUUUCUGAGCAACUGUUACGAAGAUAUAUAAACUGAAAUUAAAUCAAAUUCCAUUAGUGCUAUGAUAAAAUUCAGAAAAAACUCACUGCAGGAUGAUGUGCAGCGUUUUGCAAUAUAUCUGCUUGUUCAAUUAUCUCAAACCACAGACAUACAAUCGAUAUUGGAUAUUGAAAGUUUAAGUGUGGAAUACGUACACGGCGUUACAUAGAAUGGUUUUCUUUCAACGUAUCGAUAGUUCAUCUCCAUUCACAACCUCGUACAGGUGUUAUCCAGUUUCUUUUCUGGCUGACAACUUUCGAUCCAGCGUCGAAAAGGGUGGAAAAAUUAUUAUGCCUCCAUCUGCUUUGGAUGUGUUAACACGUCUUAAUGUUCAAUACCCAAUGCUUUUCAAAUUGACUAAUCAACAAGCUAACCGUACCACCCACUGUGGCGUCCUCGAAUUUGUGGCAGAUGAGGGCAGAAUAUAUGUUCCUUACUGGAUGCUUAAAAACCUCUGCCUAGAGGAGGGUGGGUUGGUUUCUCUCGUUAAUGCCUCUCUUCCCGUUGCCUCUUUCGCUCGUUUUCAACCACAGAGCAGUGAUUUUCUUGACAUUUCAAACCCAAAGGCUGUACUCGAGAACGCUUUGCGUGAUUUCGCUUGCCUCACUGUUGGCGACAUCAUUGCUAUUAAUUAUAAUGAACGAAUAUAUGAGCUCAAAGUUUUGGAAACCAAACCGAAGGACGCAGUCACUAUUAUUGAGUGUGACAUGAGUGUUGAUUUUGCACCCCCAGUAGGAUACCAGGCGGCUGAUUCUGGUUCCUCAGAUAAACGAGCUGAAAAGGACGCAAAUAAGAUUGAAGAAGAUCCGAUAGAAAUUCCUUCAAUAGCCCAAGGAUUCCAGGCAUUUAGUGGUGCUGGUUAUCGAUUAGAUGGAAAAAAUAAAGCAGAUAAAACUAACGAACUAGGUAGUAGUCAAUCGUCAGGACAGUCAAAACAGAGAGAAAGAGGCGUACCAAACUAUAAUUAUCAACCUGGAAGUUUAACAUUCUUUAGAAAUUUAAAGAAUCUGUCUGCUCAGAAAACUGAGGAAUCCGUUUUCAAACCAUUCGGUGGUACAGGACAUCAAUUGAAGUCGAAUAAUGUUAAAUAAAUUGAAUUAUUAUUAGUAGUAGUAUUUAUAUUGCUUCUAAAAAUCCUUUCUUUUUGUUGCUGUUAUUAAACAACUAUUCAGCAUUAUUUUCAUUCACAUUACAAAAUUUUGUAACUUAAUAACAAUAAUCAUAUAAAAGCCAGAGUAUUUGUUUUGGUUUCUCUUUCUCCUUGUUUUUUUUGGCGUUACACUUUUCUUUGUGAUGUGAUUACCUUAUACAGAGUGAAUAUUAAUUUUCUGUCAAUUCCAA